GAAGAACGCGUUCUCACAAGUGGGGGCUCACACUAGAUCCAAGUUAGGAGCUUGAGCUCAGCUGCUGCUAGCUAGCUUCAGGCCCAUCAUGUAGCCCAGCGCUGCCGAGCCCAUAACCCCCCUUUUUUUUCUGCAAAACGGUUAGAGAAAUUCACCGGUACCGCUGAGAACUGCAGCUCGUGCACUGAGCCUCGCGCUCGCGGGACUGACACGAGCCGACUUCAGGCCGAAAGCGCACGAGUGCAUGAGGAUCAAGGCUUAUAUUUCUGCACCUUUUAUUGCAAAGAAAAAAGAGAGAGGGAGAGAGAGACACACAGAGAGAAAGAGAGAGAGAGAGAGAGUCCUCCAGACCGCCGAAGAAGAAGCACGAGCGCGGGGGGGAGAGAGAGAGAAGGGAGAGAGACACACAGAGAGAGAGAAAGGAGAGAGAUAGAGAGAAGAGAGAGAGAGAGAUGGAGGGAGGGAGCGAGAACGAACGCAAAGUCUUUUGUGCUUCCCCUCCCCCCCACCGGAGCAAAGGGGAAAUGUCCGUGUCCAAAGGAGGAGCUAAGAAGAAGCCGCCUGUGCCCAGGCUCCCUAAGGAGGCGUUUGAGCAGCAACCUACACCUCCUGCACCCCCAAGAGACCUGGACUCAAAAGCCUGUGUUACCAUUGGCGAAAAGAAUUUUGAGGUGAAGGCAGAUGAUCUGGAGCCGAUCGGAGAGCUGGGCAGGGGGGCGUAUGGAGUGGUGGACAAGAUGAAGCACGUGCCCAGUGGCAUAAUCAUGGCUGUAAAGAGAAUCCGGGCGACGGUGAACAGCCAGGAACAGAAGCGGCUGCUGAUGGAUUUGGAUAUUUCGAUGAGGACCGUGGACUGCUUCUUUACAGUCACUUUCUACGGAGCGCUGUUCAGAGAGGGCGACGUGUGGAUCUGCAUGGAGCUAAUGGACACCUCACUGGAUAAGUUUUACAAGCAGGUUCAGGAGAAGGGUUUGACCAUCCCGGAGGACAUCUUGGGCAAGACGGCCGUUUCGAUCGUGAAAGCUCUGGAACACCUGCACAGCAAACUGUCCGUGAUCCACAGAGACGUGAAACCCUCCAACGUGCUGAUAAACAUGCAGGGUCAGGUGAAGAUGUGUGAUUUUGGGAUCAGUGGCUACUUGGUGGACUCGGUGGCUAAAACCAUGGACGCUGGCUGUAAACCUUACAUGGCACCGGAGCGGAUAAACCCGGAGACCAAUCAGAAGGGCUACAAUGUCAAGUCUGAUAUCUGGAGUUUAGGAAUCACCAUGAUCGAGCUGGCCAUCCUACGUUUCCCGUACGACUCAUGGGGAACGCCGUUCCAGCAGCUGAAGCAGGUGGUGGAGGAACCGUCCCCUCAGCUCCCUGCUGACCGAUUCUCCCCGGAGUUUGUGGAUUUCACGACGCAGUGCUUAAAGAAGAAUUCCAAAGAGCGGCCAAACUACACAGAACUCAUGCAACACCCCUUUUUCACCUGCCACGACUCCAAAGAGACAGACGUGGCCAGCUUCGUCAAGAUCAUCCUGGGUGACUGAGUGCCUCUUCUUGGAGACGGCGAGGCGAAGCGGGACUAAUUCCACAGGAAAGAAAAACAAAAAAGAAAAAAAAAAAACACCUAAUUGCAAGACUGACACCUGUAAGCCACGCCCAUCGCAGGCAGCAGUGCAGGGGGGGUGGGCAAGAGAGAGGGUCAGGGGAGGGGAGGAGACUGAUUCUAAGGGGUCGGGGCAUUUCCUAGGAAAGACACGGAUGAUAGGCAGGGGAUGGGGUUCUGUGUGCGUGCACGUGUGUGUGAGUGCGUGCGAGUGCGUGUGUGUGUGCGUAUAUUAAUUAAAGGAGGGUGUUCGAGUCCCGAUCCAGUUAGUUUUUUUUUUUUUUUUCCCCCCCGUAUAAAAACAUUUGCGAUGCCAGUUUACUUUAUUGCAUUAUAACUUCAACACAUGAAUAAAGCAGCGUGAUUAGAUAUAUAUUUAUACGUUAUAUAAAUGUAUUCUGUUAAAAGGUGUAAUAAAUAUAUUGUGGGAUUGAUUCAAAAUCAGUUGUUUGAGAAAGCGUUAAGAGCUGACCUCAGGUCAGUUUUUAAAACGUGUCCCGUGAAUAUGCAAGGUCAAUAGUUAAUCCUACAAAAACUGAUCCUGAGUCAGCGUUGGAUGAUUUUUACAAGACACCUUUUUUUAGCGAGUUAUAAAAAAAAAAAAAAAAAAAAAAAAGUCGUCCUAAUAAUCCUGAUCCGGUCAAUUUAUCCUACGUUUUUGCUCUCUUCCACUUCCUAACACACGUGCAACGGGUGAUCACGUGAGAUCUUCUCAUUGAAUUGGGAUCUGGGACAGAGCAAAAUGUAUCGCAUCUUUGAGGGAAAAGCUUUGCUUAAAUGAUCUGGCUCAGUGAGAAAUUCAGCAGGACCCCACGUGUGUGUGUGUGUGUGUAUGUGUGUGUGUGUGUGUGUGUGUGUGUUAAGGUUAUCUGGGAAAUUUAUCUUUUUGGUCUGUUGCUUCAUCUAGUCCUCUGUUCUGAGCCAAUCAAGAGAGUUCUCGCUCUGUGUUCAACUGCAAUUCAACUGGAAAUUAUUACUAUUAUUGUCAUGAUGAUUUAUUAUUAUUAUUACGAUAUCCCCACGUUAUGAGAACAUGCGUAUUAACCUGUCUUGAGGUGUUUUGCAGUUUCUGUAUUUAUUGUAACUGCUGUUUUUUUCCUCAUUGAAAACUUGACAUUUGUUUUCUUCUUAAUUUUAAGGUGUGUGUGUGUGAAUGUGAGCUUUUGUGAGCAUGUGGGAAAGUGUUUGUGUGUGUGUGUGUGUCUGUCUGUGUGAAUAUUGUAUUACAGUUUGGACACACGUAGCUGACACUUCUCUGAAAGUCUCACCGUGACUCAGAAGCCUGAUUUGUGCCUCUUUAUAGAAAAAAAAAUCUACAAUACAUUAAACAAAAAAAAAAAAAAAUGACAAAACCCCAUGCUGCUUUGUGUGAUGCAUGCUUUGCUGCAAGAUUUGCAAGAUUUUACUUUUUGUUUUAUCCAUACACAAUUUUUUCUGAUCAGUUAAGCCCAUCACACAAUUCUAUAACUUUUGGAUCUCGUUGCGUUUUUUUUUUUUUUUUUUUUUUUUUUUUUUAUCCUGCAUUAACGAUGCUUUGACUCAGAUUAAAUCGAACUCUGGUGUGUUUUCCUUCUUGAUGUGAUUCAUUUGUCCUGUUCGGAACACUGAUCCGAUCUCGGUGAUCUCGGUUCGGUCGACCUCUAGUGCGGUUUUACUUCAGCGAUCCGUGAGUCGACUCGCAAGAAUGAAGUCGACUCUGAAUCGACUCGCUCGCAGGAAUUGACUCAUACAUGCCAUUUAAUUUAGUUGCUGCUUUUUUUUUUUCUGUAGAUGUAAGCCGCUCAAAUGAGCUGUCAUGCUACAGAAAUGCCAUGUGUUCUGGAUAUUUGGACCACUGAACAAAAAAGGAAAUAAACAAUGUUUUAAACUAGUUAUUUAUAUAAUUACCUAAUCACUUAUUAAGCGCCAGCUCUCUGUUCUCCAUGCUCGGGUGAUUUUUGUGAUUGCUACAUGCACCUGCAAAAGAUUUCUUUUCCUGUCUGCCUCUUUCUGACUAGUGAAUGAGUUUACGAGUGUGUUUUUCGUCCUACACGACCCUCGGGCUACGAGCUUGGUUCUUUUCUCUUUUUUUUUUUUUUUUUUUUUUUUUAAAUUUUUUUUAACUUUUUUUUAGCUUUUUGGUUUGUUUGGGUUUCUUUCUUUCUUUUUUUUUUUUUCUUUUUCUUUUUUUAAAUGUGCAGCAUGAAACCAAACCAAAGAGCAAACGACCAGAAAGCAUCAGUUUCUCUCUGAUUCGUAAUAGAGGUAUAAAUGGAAUUAGUUUGUAUAGCGAUCUAAAGAAACAGGACUACAUAAAUUGUAUUUGACCCGUUAAUGCUUUAAUAAAUCUGGCAUAACAAAUGUA